AUGGGACUUCCUCCCGAAAGGCUACCGGACCCCAGGAGUACCGGAAGCAACUCCAAAUCACAUUAUAAUCAACGACAACAGGAAACGAACUUCAGCGAUAGCGCUUAUCACGAGCAGAAACGUCAACAAACGAGUUCGAGGAAUACCAAAAACAACAAGAGUCAUCAAAAAACCCCAAGGCGAUGGUCCUACGUAUUACAGGAUAUCCCUUCCUUAUUUUUACGCACUCUCAACGACAUCAACAAGGGCUAUGUCGCACGUGUGGUCACCGUGGUUGGGGUUGCGAUGGGGGUCAGCUACGGCGUCUACCAUGCUUUCCUCAUUCCUUGGCAAGAGGCGAAACCGCUUGCGCGGCGUUGUUAUCUCUUCUGCCCACGCGUCCCAAUCACACUCGUGGAGAAAACUCGAGAGGAGGGCAGCCAAAUGGUGGUCUACCGCUUUGCACUGCCACACUCAUACGAUUACGCCGGGUAUGAGCCCGUGAGCUCGGUGCGGAUGUAUAGUGGACAUGUGAAGCAACUUUCCUCGCUCGCACGGUGGUAUACACCGAUUAGCCACCCUCGCGAGCAUGGGUUUAUCGAGUUCGCCAUCAAGGAUUGUGAUCCGGGGCGAAUGUCGGGGCGCUUGCGGUACUUGGAGCGAGGUGAUAUCGUAUACCUCGGGCGUUGGAUGAAGGAGUUUAACUAUCAAAAGAACAAGACCCCCGAGAUGGGUCUGAUCUGUUCCACUAGUGGGGCGUCUAUCGCGCUGCAGCUAAUGAACUUCAUUGACAAAGCCCCCAACGACCGGACGAAACUUUCCGUCCUCUACUGCCAUAGCACACCCCUCGGCAUCCCUUUCAAGAAGAGCUAUUUCGACCCGCUUCAGGCGCGAAACCCGGAUCGUAUCGCCGUCCGCUAUAAUGUUCUCACAAUGGGGAAGAAGUGCGACCCGGGGUUGGUGCCCCGGGAGAAUUUGUUUCUCGGGAGCCUGGAUCCUUCCACCCUCCAGACUUCAUUGCCACCGCCGCUACGGAUUGUCAACGUCCGCGAGGCGGACGGCCAAGUUCGUGCGCUCGAGACGUAUCGCCCGAUGAUCCUCGUGUGCGGUCCGCAGACGAUGCUCAGCUACGUGUGCGGUCGUGUGAGCCCAAUUUUCAACUUCACCUACUGGCAGGGUGGCUACUGGCGGUAUAGUGGUUUCAUGAAGGAUAUGGGGUAUGAGAGACGGCAGGUCUACAAGUUUGGUACCUCCACGCAUUUUUUAGCUUCCCAUUAG